UCCAAUAUGGCUGCCAAUUUAUAGCUUCUGCCUUCUAGUUACAAAUUUUGAUUUUUGUCAAGCUUAAAGCCUUUCGCCUUAAAGUUCAUGUCAAAAAUAUAAAGGACACUUUCCACAUAUGGGAAGGUUAAGUCGACACAGAAAGAUCAAAGCUUGUGAUCCGUUUUUUAAAGGAAAAAGGAGCGUGGAUGAAAGUUCCAAUGCUCCUGUUCAACCAUCGCAGCUAGAUACCCAGCCAUGUCCGAGGAAAUCACGUCGUUUGGUCGCCGAGUUUCCACCAAGAAAGCCCAGAGGGCAUAAAGGGAGGUCUACAAAGGAGAUAACAAAAAACAAAGAUAAAUUAAACGUAGAAAGACGGCCAGGCGAAACUCAAAGGGAAUAUUACCAGAGGCUGGAUAAGCAGGCGGCAGAACACGUCAAUAAAAUACUUGUUAAAGAGAAUCGCAUUAGUCAGAAACGAAAACAGUUUUUGAAAGCACGUAAAGAGAAGGCGAGUAAAAAACGCAAGAGGGAAAUGCAAGAAGAUGAAUAUAAAGAAUUUGCUACUGACAAGGUCAAGUUUGGAGAAGUUGUGAAUGAACCUCCCAACUUCACAUCAAAGCCAAAGAAUUCGGGUGCUGCCGACAUGAAUACAAAAAAUAAAACUGAGUCGCUUCUUCUGCAAAAUAAACUGAAUGGCCAAACUAGGCAAGAUGUGCAAUCAAAAGUGGUUCAAACUCUACCAAAGGCUAAGAAAAGAAAGAAAAUGAAUCCAUUUGAGAAACAAAUCAGCGACAAAAGGCGAGAAGAGGCAAUUGCUGCAUAUCGAAAGAUGAGAAAGCAAAAUAUGGCAGAAAAUUAAAACAUGAGAUACUUUUACGCUUAUACACAAAUGAUUUCCAAUGCAAACUGCAAAGUGUUUACAGCAUUUUAUAGAUUGUUGUCUUAAGGCAAAAAGUCUCUCACCCAGUGUCAUAGUGGAAUUAAAUCUCCCAUGGAAAAGGGGUGGCAAAUAAUGUGACAUAUGGUGAACCAAUGAUCUUUAAAGAUUUGUAAAUGCAUGCUAUAUCAACACACUGUAGAAAUAUAUUCUCGUAUGGUCAGUAUCAGCAAAAUAUCUGUCACUUGUACAGGCUGUCCUAUGUAAAUUAAGGUUAGUAGGUGAAAUGCAAAGGUUUAGGUUCCUCCUCUGUCAACCGCUGAAAGCCUGUCUGUCUGUAGUCAUGAGAAAACUCAACGGUUUUGACCAGAUUGUCUGCAUUCUUAUCUUCUGUGAACCAGCACAUCUCAAAUUAUUUCAUGAACAAAAGUAUCCAGUAUGAAAAAAUACGUGUCAACUCUAUAAUGCUUUCAGAUUUUCAAUCUGGGAUGC